UUUUAAAGCCAACUAACACGCUUUUUUAACUUUCUUCCUCCUUCCUCUGUUUUGUCUGAUUCUCUCCCCAAAAUCAGAGGGUGUCCGGCGAGUCUAAUCUCGCCGGAAACUCACUUUGCUGGAAUUUCUAGUUCUUUCGCUUUUGAGUUCCAAUUCUCAUUUCUUUCUAGCUGGUAUAAUUAGUGCAUGACGGUGCGAUAUUUGGGUUGAUUGUUAGAAAGAAGAAAUUUUUUUACAUCUAGGCAUUUUUGUCUGUUUUCCUCUUGGCAAGAGAUUGCGGGCAGCGCAAUGCAGUGUGAAAGUAGAUGGAGAUUGUUGCAGCGAAGUACCAAAAAAUGCUGAGAUCCCCUAUUUAUGAUUUGCCAGUGCUCUAAACCGACGCCAAGAUUUGUUUUAUUUCUCUUUCUUCUCAACCUUUGGAGGGUAAGUUGUUGAAUUCUGCGAAGGAACAGAGGAAAAAAGAGUUUUGGGGUUUUUGUGCCAAGACUGUUUGAAAAUUUGCAGGAUACUUAAAAUUUUCAACAGAGGGCAAAUGCUGCAUAAAGCCAGCAAGUGGAGAGCUUUUCAAUAAUUUUUUCUCUUUCCCCACCCUCUAGACUCUGAACCACAGGAUGCCUUUUGAAAUAAUGGAUCAGAGGGCUGUAUCUGCCUCAUCACACUUUUUUGAUGACAUUUCCUUUUGCUCUGAGAAGAAUGCUGGAUUGCAGAGGCCAAAAUCUAUUCGUGAACACUACCAUCAAGGAAAGAAUGGAAUGACAGCAUCACCUGGCAGCAUUUUGAAUGCUUUGUCUCCUCGGGAAAUUAGUGCAAAGACUAGGUGGUCAAAGUCAACAACAGGUCUGUCUGGAGAAACCAUAGAAAAGCUGCAUGUUGGUGAAGAAGGCAUUGUUGAUACGUUUGAAGCCUCCAAGGAACCAUUAAAUCAUCGUCCCAGGUCUCAGUCUAAUGUGCUUACGCAGCCAGCAUCCAGCCCAUAUGGUUUAAUUGGCAAUAAGAUCAUUACUAAUGCUGCCUCACGUGAAAGUAGUUUAUUCUCAAGCUCACUAUCUGAGAUAUUUACCCGGAAGUUGAGGUUAACGGAAAACGAUGUUCUGCCUCAACAGCCUGUUACUGUUGGUUCACUUCCUGAGGAGGAACCAUAUAAAUCUCUUGAAGAAAUUGAGGCCGACACUAUCGGAAAUCUCCUUCCUGAUGAAGAUGAUCUAUUUUCUGGUGUCACUGAUGACUUAGGAUCCAAUACUCUUACCAGAACUGGUGAUGACCUGGAAGAUUUUGAUCUGUUUAGCAGUGGUGGAGGCAUGGAGCUUGAAGGUGAUGAACAUCUGACUUCAGGAAAAAGGCCCAGUGGUCCAGAUGGAGAUCUUGGUUUCUUUGGAGGCUUUAAAGGGAAACUUCCUUUUGGUGAACACCCUUCUAGAACACUUUUUGUUAGAAACAUCAACAGCAAUGUUGAAGAUUCUGAGCUAAAGGCUCUCUUUGAGCAAUAUGGUGAUGUCCGAACCACUUAUACUGCUUGCAAGCAUCGUGGAUUUGUUAUGAUUUCUUAUCAUGACAUAAGAGCUGCACAAAAUGCAAUGAAAGCUCUUCAAAACAGGUCAUUGAGGUCUAGGAGACUUGACAUACAUUAUUCCAUACCGAAGGUAAAUGCUCCGGAGAAGGAUAUUAGCCAUGGUACACUGCUUCUAUCUGGUCUUGAUUCUUCUGUUUCACAUGAUGAACUUCUACAAAUUUUUGGAUUUUAUGGAGAAAUCAAAGAAAUUUAUGAAUCUCCAGAAAUGAAUUAUGACAAAUUCAUAGAGUUUUAUGAUGUGCGAGCUGCAGAAGCUGCUCUUCGUGCUCUGAACAAGAGUGAAAUUGCUGGGAAGCAGAUCAAGCUUGAAGCCAGUCAUCCUAGGGGUUCAAAUGGAACAUGUUUGAUGCAGCAGUCUCAGAAGGGGCAGAAUGAGUCUGAUCUUAGUCAGAGCAUGGGUGACAACUUAUCAUUAAGACAGAGUGUAAUAACAUCUUCUGGAGUAAUUGCAUCUAGCUGCUUGGACAAUGGAUCUGAUCAUGGAUUUCCAGCAGCAAUGCGACAAACUAUGGAUGCCUUAUCACUGAAUGUAUUCUCACAUGUGAAUUCUGGCAUUCACAACACAGUGAGAGCACCAUCAAUUCCUAGAUUCCAUCCUCAUUCCCUUCCUGAGUAUCAUGAUGGUUUAGCUUGUGGCAGUCUUUACAACUUUUCAAGAACCUUUAGCAAUGUAUCUGGUAAUAUGAGUCCAGGAGUGACAGAUAGCUCCGACAGCAGGCACAUGGGAUUCAGUUCAAUUGGGAAAGUGACGGACUUUAAUGGAGGAGGAAAUGGGAGCCUUCCUAAUCAUGGGCUUUACCACAUGUGGAAUGGAUCGAAUUUGCACCAGCAAACUCCACCAGGUCCAAUGGUUUGGCCGAAAACACCAUCAUUUGUCAAUGGUGCUUGUGCUCCUUGUCUUCAACAGAUGCCCGGCUUUCCCAGAUCAUCAUCUCUUAUGCUGAGAGCAUCGCAUAUAGACCACCAUGUUGGAUCAGCACCAGUUGUUACAGCUUCCCCAUGGGAUAGACAACAUUCUUAUUUGCCAGAGUCCCCUGAAUCCUCUGGUUUUCACAUGGGUUCUCUUGGGAGUACCGGUUUUCCUGGUACAUGGCAAUUGCAUCCUCCAGACUUUUCUUCUCACAAUAUGUUUCCUCAUGUUGGUGGAAAUGGCAUGGAUUUGUCACCCAAUGCUGGGCAGGGCUCCCCAAAUCCACAUGUUUUCCCUGGGAGACAUCCCAUGGCUUCAAUGUCCACCAAUGACAGGAUGAGAAACCUCUAUCACCGUAGAAGUGAUGCUAACACUAAUAGUGCUGACAAAAAGCAAUUUGAGCUUGACCUAAGUCGUAUAUUGAAUGGAGAAGACUCACGAACAACACUUAUGAUUAAGAAUAUUCCCAACAAGUAUACUUCAAAAAUGCUUCUUGCUGCCAUAGAUGAGCAAUGUCGGGGAACUUAUGAUUUUUUGUAUUUACCAAUUGACUUCAAGAACAAAUGUAAUGUUGGCUAUGCCUUCAUCAACAUGACUGAUCCUAGUCAAAUCAUUCCCUUUCACAAGGCUUUUAAUGGGAAAAAAUGGGAGAAGUUUAACAGUGAGAAGGUGGCUUCACUUGCCUAUGCUCGAAUUCAGGGAAAAGCUGCUCUUAUUGCACAUUUCCAAAACUCGAGCCUGAUGAAUGAGGAUAAACGUUGCCGCCCUAUUCUCUUCCAUACAGAGGGCCCAAAUGCUGGCGAUCCGGAGCCUUUCCCCAUGGGUGUUAAUAUGAGAUUGAGGCCUGGAAAAUCCCGUACUAGUAGUAGUAACGAGGAGAAUCGUGUCUCGAUGAGCUCUUUGGCUUCGGCUAGCGUAGAGGAGUCUUCUAAUGGAAUAAGUUCUUCAAUGGGCUCUUCAAAGAACUCUGACUGACUUAACUUCAGGCACUAACCUUUCAAUCUUGCAGCAGCGUAAUACAAGUGAUAUCACUCCAAUAUCUGUAUAUUGGCUUUUUUUGUUGGAGGAGUUGGAGCCAGCAGGAAAUGGGGCUCCUAAUUUUUGCUUAUAGAGAAACACAAACCCAAGUAUUCGGAGGCUGAGGUACAUAACCAGAAUGAAGUGACUAAAACUAAAUCUAGUACUUUUCUUUAUUUUUCUUUUUGAAUCGUUGCGUGGAAUCUUGCCGUCCUGCGAGUAGAGGGAAUGGCUUAACUCAAGUUCAUUUUUGGCUAGCUCUGUGGUUGGAUCUUACCUUCCCACAAGUUUGCGCAAGUUUCUUUGUGGGGUUCAUGGGGACUCUGCUUCUGUUUUUGUUCCCUUUGGUGUUUCCUCAUGUUCAUAAUGUAACGUAAUUUAAUUUGUCUUUUGAAAUUUGAACACGCUGGCAGUAGCUUCCUCAUGGGAUUUAUUUGUCUGGGAAUUUGUUGCCACAUUUAUUUGUAUGGUACCAUAUUUAUUCUGAUUUUCUUUUUCUCUUUUGAUUAUGUUAGCUGUGCUUCUAA